UUCUCUUUCUAACCUGUUUUUUGCUCCCCAGAAUGUCUGUUUCAAAGCAAAGCAUGUUUUCUAUGUUCUCAUCUUCAUUUUCAUUAACCAGAAGCAGUGAGGAUCCUGAAAAUUCACUCUAUGAAAGUCAGCAAAUUAGAAAAGUUCACAUUCAUUUAGAGGAGAGCAUUCGUCCUUACAUUGACCUGAUUGACACUCUGAGGUCAGUUGGCAUUCAAAAGGAUUUGGCAUUGCCAACUAUUGUAGUGAUCGGAGACCAGAGUUCUGGAAAAAGUUCAGUGUUGGAAACACUUUCCGGAAUUGGACUGCCAAGAGGAAAUGGAAUUGUCACCAGAUGUCCACUAGAGCUGAGGCUGAAGAAGGUAACAGGUGGAGUCAGCUGGAAGGCAGUUAUUUCUUACCGUGACAAGAGAACUGAAUUUGAUGAUCCAUCAAUGGUUGAAAGACAUGUUAAAACAGCUCAGGAUGUGCUGGCAGGAAAUGGGGUAGGAAUCUGUAAUGAGCUCAUCACUUUACAAGUCAUGUCUCCGGAUGUGUGUAAUCUCACAUUGAUUGAUCUACCUGGAAUUGCUCGAGUCCCAGUAGGAGGACAACCAGAUGAUAUUGCAAACCAGAUAAAAAAACUGAUAUUCAAGUUUAUUGUGAUGCAAGAGACUAUUAACCUGGUUGUGGUCCCUUGUAACAAUGACAUUGCAACAACAGAAGCAUUAAAACUUGCACAAGAAGUAGAUCCUGAGGGCAAAAGAACUAUUGCUGUUUUGACCAAGCCAGACCUCAUAGACAAGGGUACAGAGAAAAACAUUCUAGCCGUUGUGCAGAACAAAGUGAUUCCUCUCCGCAAAGGUUACGUCAUGGUGAAGUGCAGAGGACAACAGCAGAUCAAUGAUGACAUUUCUCUGGAUGAGGCCGCAGAAAUGGAGAGAGAGUUCUUUGAGAAUCAUGAGUUUUUCAGACGCCUGUUGAGUGAGGAUAAAGCAACUACUAAAAGUCUUGCCAACAAACUGACUCAAAACCUUGUUGAGCAUAUUAAAAAAUCACUGCCACAGCUCAGUGAGCAGAUAAAAAAGCAGUUGUGGGACCUGAGGGAUGAUCUUAAAGAGUGUGAGGCUGGACCGCCACAGGACUCAAAAGGGGCCAAACAAUUUCUUAUUAAAAUCUUAACAAAGUUUAAUGGACAAAUCAAGUUAUUAUCAUCAGGAGAAAAGAUGGCUGAGAAAAACUUGUUUGUGCUGCUUCGGGCGGAAUUCAAUAUGUGGAAUGAUCAUCUUAAUGAAACAAAGAAAUCCUUAAAACAAUCAACUAAAGAGAAAAUAGAGGUUCUCCAGAAUUUCAGAGGGAGAGAACUGCCUGGCUUCAGCAACUACAGAGUGUUUGAGGUGAUUUUGCAAAACCAUGUGGCCACACUUAAGAACCCAGCUACUGAAUUACUUAACGCCAUCAAAGGCAUCAUACUUGACCAUUUCACUGAGGUUGUCGAAAAUUGUUUCCAGAAUUAUCCUGUUCUUCAGAGUAUCACUAAGGACAAAAUUGACAACAUUCAGUCAAGCCAGCAAGCAAAGUUAGAGCGGAGGAUCUCAGAGCAAUUUCAAAUGGAAAAAAUGGUCUAUACUCAAGAUCCCAUUUUCUUAAAGGCCUUGAAUGAGAUACCAGAUAGUGAGACAUUUUCAAUAGAUGAGUUACCUGUCUUUGACAAGAAAAGCAAGUACAGUGACAUGCUGGAGGCAUAUUAUGAGAUAGUAGUGCAGCGGAUGGCUGACCAACUGCCCAUGAUGAUAUUAUUUUUCAUGCUGAAGCAGACUGCUAAACUCCUAACUGCAGACAUGUUGAGUUUACUGAAUGGGGUAAAAGUGAGCGAGCUCCUGUUUGAGGACACAGACGUCAGCAGAAGGCGUAGAGACCUACAGGCUCGUCUGGACCGCCUGAGUAUUGCACAGGAAACCUUGAGCAAUUUUGAAGGAUCUGCUGAGUAGAGGUUAUCAUCUAAAAAUGAGUUGUGUAUUAAACAUAGUAAUUACAUUCAUGUAUUCUGA